AUGGCUAAAAUUGAACGUAAAAACAUUGAUCUUACACCGCUGAAAAAAGCCAAUGUUCCUAUUUUCUUUAUCGUUGGUGGUCCUGGAUCUGGCAAAGGAACCCAGUGUGAUAAAAUUGUAGCAAAAUAUGGCUUAACUCAUCUUAGCUCGGGUGACUUGUUACGUGCUGAGGUGAAAUCCGGAUCGCCACGCGGAUCGGAGCUCAAUAAAUUAAUGCAAAAUGGUGAACUUGUUCCAUUGGAAAUAGUGUUAGAUUUGGUUAAAGAAGCUAUGAUUGAAGCGAUAGCAAAAGGUUCCAAAGGUUUCUUAAUCGAUGGUUAUCCACGAGAAGUGAAACAAGGAGAGCAAUUCGAAAAUGAAAUUCAGCCAGCUAAAUUGGUGUUAUUUUUCGAUGUCAGUGAAGAUACCUUGGUUAAGCGUUGCUUGCAUAGAGCGGAAACAAGUGGACGAGUAGAUGAUAAUAUUGAUACGAUUAAAAAACGACUUCAUACCUAUAUAACUGCAACGGCUCCAGUUGUCGAUUACUAUGAAAGGCAGGGAAAGUUGAUAAAGAUUCCAUCAGAAGGAACAGUGGAUGAAAUUUUCAAGGUUGUUCAACAACAUCUCGAUAAGGCUGUAGUUUAA